CGAACCUCUCCUCGAGCCUCUAUCACCAAAAGGCACCACCCUGGUCAACAACAUCCCACGAGCUCUCUAGAGCCUCAAGAAUAUCAAUUGAGUCUACCACGCGCUUCCAACCCCGCGUACCUGGUUCACAUCCCCAGAUCAGCACAUUGGCGCAAAAAAAUCCCAACCAUCUACGGAGUAACCCGCAACCAUGGGCUUCACAACGGGCUUCGUAAGAAAAUCCCCCCAAAAUCCCAUGUUCACCAACUAACACACUCCAGACCGGCGGCGUAACCCUCACCCUCAGCAUCGCCUACCUCACCGUCCUAGCUCACGAACGGAACCGCACCUCCCAAGCUCUCGCCCUACGCUCCCAAUCGCGGGUCCUCACAUCGCUGCUCGAACCCGCGCCUUUACCACCACCGCAAAGCCGCGCGGAUCUCGCGAGAGAGGAGCGGAGUACGCUGGUUGAGGCCGCGAAGGAUCGGUGGAACUACGAGGUUGAUCAUGCGGUGCGGUGGGUGCAGCGGACGGACUGGGUGGAUGUGAGAGAGAGGGCGGAGGAUGCUGUUGCGAGGGUUCUGGGGGUGGGACUGGAGAGGGGUGAGGGGGGGAUUGUGGAGGCUGUGAAGGAGGGGAGGGAGAGGGCUUUUAAGGAGGCGAAAAGGGAGGUGGAGUUUGCUGGAGAGAAGGCUGCGGAGUUGAAGAGUUCUGUGGUCGCGAAGAGUAGUAGAGCGAAGGCUGAUGCGCAAUCUGGGACGAAAGAUGCGCUGGAGUCGGUUAGACGGAGUGGUGGAACGGUGGACGCGGCGAGGGAGGCUUUGAGAGGUGCUGUUGGGGCGGGGAUUGAGAAGGGGAAGGAGGUCUUGGGGUUGUCGCAGGCUGUUGAUGGUGUUAAGGAUGAGAAGGACGCUGUGGAGAGGGUGUUACGGGAGAGAUAUGAGAAGGGCGAUGUGCUGAAUAAGAGUGUGGAGGAGGUGCUUGAGGAGAGGUAUAGGCCGAUUGAUAACAGGGACAACACGGUUUUGAGGGGGGUGUAG